CAUGCAUGGAAGUAGCAAUGGCACCUGAAUCAGCUAGCUACAAACCAUGAUCCAAUCCUAGCGGCUAGCGAUCUCUAGUUUAUAUUACAAUUAGGAGCAAGCGAUCCAAUUAUCGAUAGAGCGCGAGAUCGAUCGAUCAUGCCGGGCCGCUCGGUGGUCUCCAUCCUCCUCCUCCUCCUCCUCCAUGGCCUCCUCUGCCUGCAGCUGGUUGCCUUGACCGAGAUGGACGACGACGACGUCAUGGAGGACGGCAGCUGCAUGCAUUUCAGUGUGUCCCCGCCGCCUGCUCCGCCGGAGGACGCGGAUGAGCGGCGCGACUAUUUCCGCGCCAUGCAGGCCAAGGAUCUGUUCCGGCACGAGCAGAUGAUCACGAUGAUGGGCAGCGACCGGAACGGCAGCAGCAGGAGGCGGCGGGCGAAGGAGUCGUCCAAGCUGCCGGAGGUGAUGUCCGCCACGUCCAUGUUCGAGCUGCCGAUGCGGAGCGCGCUGAACAUCGCACACGUGGGCAUGUACCUGGUGUCGGUGCGCAUCGGCACGCCGGCGCUGCCGUACAACCUGGUUUUGGACACCGCCACCGACCUGACGUGGAUCAACUGUCGUCUGCGGCGCCGCAAGGGCAAGCACUAUGGGCGACAGUCGACGGGGCAGACGAUGUCGAUGGGCGGGGAAGGCGCGAAGGAGGCGAGCAAGAACUGGUACCGGCCGGCCAAGUCGUCGUCGUGGCGCAGGAUCCGGUGCUCGCAGAAGGAGUGCGCGGUGCUGCCCUACAACACGUGCCAGAGCCCCAGCAAGGCAGAGUCGUGCAGCUACUUCCAGAAGACGCAGGACGGCACGGUGACGAUCGGCAUCUAUGGCAAGGAGAAGGCGACGGUGACGGUGUCGGACGGGCGGAUGGCCAAGCUCCCCGGUCUCAUCCUGGGCUGCUCCGUCCUGGAGGCCGGCGGCAGCGUGGACGCCCACGACGGCGUGCUGUCGCUGGGGAACGGCGACAUGUCCUUCGCCGUGCACGCCGCCAAGCGCUUCGGGCAGCGCUUCUCCUUCUGCCUGCUCAGCGCCAACAGCUCCCGCGACGCCUCCAGCUACCUCACCUUCGGGCCCAACCCGGCGGUGAUGGGUCCGGGCACCAUGGAGACGGACAUCCUGUACAACGUGGACGUGAAGCCUGCAUACGGGGCCCAGGUGACGGGCGUCUUGGUGGGCGGGGAGCGGCUGGACAUCCCGGACGAGGUGUGGGACGCCGAGAGGUUUGUGGGCGGCGGUGUCAUCCUAGACACGAGCACGUCGGUGACGUCGCUGGUGCCGGAGGCGUACGCGCCGGUGACGGCGGCGCUGGACAGGCACCUGUCGCACCUGCCGCGGGUGUACGAGCUGGAGGGCUUCGAGUACUGCUACAAGUGGACCUUCACCGGCGACGGCGUGGACCCGGCGCACAACGUGACGAUACCCAGCUUCACGGUGGAAAUGGCAGGCGGCGCGAGGCUGGAGCCGGAAGCCAAGAGCGUGGUGAUGCCGGAGGUGGAGCCAGGGGUGGCGUGCCUGGCCUUCAGGAAGCUGCUACGGGGAGGGCCCGGGAUAUUGGGCAACGUGUUCAUGCAGGAGUACAUCUGGGAGAUUGACCACGGCGACGGCAAGAUCAGGUUCAGGAAGGACAAGUGCAACACCCAUCAUCUCCACAACAGCAGAGGCGGAGAAGUUAAUAACAAUGCUGCCGCCUCCUCAAGCGUCGUGCAUCGCGUCAAUUGAUUCAUUCCUCUCUUCUCCAUCUACCAAAACAAUACAUUUUCUUUCCAAUUUGUUCUAAUGAUCUGAUUUCUAUCUUUCCUGAUUGUAAGAUAGAUCUCAGGUCUACAUGCUCAUGAACUAACAUCGCCUCAAAACAGAGUAUUGAAAUAUAUAUAUAUAUAAAUGAAUGUCAUCCCUUGGCCGCUUUUGCUUCC